AUGCAUAAAUCUUACCAGCCGCUGAAACCUGCAACCAACAAAUACCUGCAGCAAAAAUGGGACCAGAUGCAAUAUGAAGACCACCGCAGCAAGGUGAAAGGUGCCAAACAUGUGGUGGACACCAGAGGCAUUCAAACUCCUGCACAUAUUCAACUCAAACUGAAGAAACUUCAGAUACAGGAAGAGAGACUGGCCAUCGUAGAGAGAGAUAAUAAUCUACUGGCAGGCAGACUGGCAACUAUCACACGAUCUAAAGGUCUCGUGGACCACCAGAACGAUUAUUCAGAGUACAGUCUGAAUGCUGAAAAACGGAGGGAGGAGCUUUUACAGGUGACAAAGGAAAACCUGGCGAUCUACCAACGAAUUACGGCACGGAAAUCUGAAUACAGGCGGGAACUCUGGGAGGAGGACUGGGAGAAAGUAGAAAGAAGGAGAGAUGACAUCGCUCGCUAUCCGCGAGGAGUGACCAAUAAACAGAAAUCUAAGAAGAGUGUAAAGUUUUCUGGAGGGGCGUCAGGACAGAGUCAGCGGUCGUCCAGCGGUGUGGAAGAAGACCACAGCGGAGAAAUCACACGCCAACACUCACCACAACCAGUGAAAUAA